AUGUGGUGUGCCUCAGGGGCACCGGCGACCGCUUGUCCCGCCGUGGAGGAGGCGUACGCAGCGGUGUUAGAGCAGCUGCUGCCCGGCCAGCCGCACUCGCUUCUGGGAGAGGAGUCGCUCGUCGCGCUCUUUAAUACGCUGGAGAACCGUGUGCACUGCGCCGGAGAUGUGUCGUGUGGAAAGUGCAACCUAUCAGACGCCGUCCACCAGCUGACCCACAAUCACAGCUCCCAUCAGCACAAAGACGUCAAGGAUGAACACGGCAUCGACGCUUCUGGAUUCAGUGCCCUCGCCGCCGGCUGCGUCCUUUACCUGAGCUCUCCUAACGCGGUGUGCGCCGCGGCUGACCAGGGCAUGUGGGGGGAGGAAGUGGAACACUUCCUGGAUCAACUGGAAAGUGGGAAUCCCCACGAACAUCACCACCAAGACCAGGAAGAGGACAAACUGUGCCAUGGGCAUGAACACCGGCAUGUGGGCCUUGACAGAUUAGACGCUGUCCUUGGAGGAAUUCUUCAGCACUAUGAGUCAGCAGACAUUGAGAGUUGCGUCACGGCAAGCGACAUCAUGUCUGAGGUCGCCGCCAUGUCCGCAGAGCAGACUCAAGUGGCGGGCGCAGUUUUUGGCCGGAUCCUGUAUCACGCCCUGCAAGGCCGAUGCUUCCACACGCUCCCUGAAGAGAGCUUCUUCUUGGACUACAUUAUGGACCGUCUGGGUUCGGAGAAUUUUACCAUUGAAGACCUGGAGGCGUUCAUGAGGUCUUUAAACAUCGGACCCAGCUCGGAGUCGAGCCACAGUCACGAGGAAGACGAACACGAGCAUCACCAUCACACUAGGCAUGAAGAACACGCAGAAGUGAACGGCACCUGGGAGCAGCACUGUUUUUCUGCACGGGAACUGGUACUGAUCCAUAGUUCUGGAGAGACGUCCCCCAACCUUAGUCGAUCAGACAUGGCCCAUCUUAGCCCGGCGCUAAUCCAGCAGAUCGUAACCGGGGCCUGCGCCAGUUCACCUCCGCCCAAACCGGACGACCUCAGCGAAACAGAGAGGUAUCUGUACGCCACCCUGGCCAACGUGAUCAUCACGCUGGCGUCCAUGUUUGGCAUCACGCUGCUGAUGUGCACAUCGUGUACCGUCGUCUUCCAGCUGUGCAUCCAGUUUUGCAUUAGCCUGGCCGUCGGUUCGCUCACUGGGGACGCUUUGCUACACCUUCUGCCCAUGUUUCUGGGACUGCACGUGCACUCGCAUGGAGAAGGCGGCAGCGAGCAUUCGCACGACCACCACGGGACGCAUCAGCCGGUGUUGGCGGACUACAUGGGGAAGAUGCUGGUGGUGAUGGGUGGUAUUUACUACUUCUAUCUGAUGGAGACCAUCUUUGAAAUCAUCACGCAUGGACAUCAUCACCACCACAGGGACAACUCUGAAGCUCACCACUGUGACCACGAUCGAGUUCUGGAGAUGUAUCAACAGGAGCGGCAACAAAAAGACAAACAGCAAUCUAUUUCCAAAGCAGACCUGGUAAGAAAUUGGUGCACAUUGGAUGAGGAAGAGGAGCAUGAAAGAAAGCAAACUAGAAAACAAAGGCUGCUGCCUUACAUGAUAACUUUAGGCGACGCCAUCCACAACUUUGCAGACGGUUUGGCGAUGGGUGCUGCGUUCUCCCUUUCGUGGAAGUCCGGACUGGCCACGUCGCUGGCCGUCCUAUGUCACGAAUUGCCUCACGAGCUAGGUGAUUUCGCCAUCUUACUUCACAGCGGUUUGUCGGUACGUAAGGCACUUCUCUUGAACGUGGGCAGCGCCAUGACCUCAUUCGUGGGCCUCUAUAUUGCCUUGAGCGUCGCUACUGAUUUGGCCACCACGCAGUGGAUCGCCGCCAUCACCACGGGUCUCUUUCUAUAUGUAGGCUUGGCCGACAUGCUGCCCACCAUGACGCACAUCAAGUCCAAAAAGCCGUGGCUGACCUUCGCCCUCCAGAACGCGGGCCUGCUGACCGGCUGGGCAGUUCUUCUACUGUUGUCCCUCUAUGAGGAGAACAUCAGCUUCUAG